GGAGGUAAGGAGGAGGACCAAGGGAGGGAGGCGGCGGCACGGAAGGAGGAGCGCAGAGGCUGAGCCACUAGCUGCACUCUGCCGCGCUUCUCUCCAGAUAAUCGGGGAGCUCCUGCCGCGCGCAGCGCGCCUCCACGCUCUGCCCCCAAACUUGAGUUGCAGCUACAGUCCAAGCCAUUAAAAAUAUUCCUCAAAAUCAGAAGCUGAACCGCGACACGGAGAAGGAGUCCGCGGAGGAGUAAAACAACAGCAGAGCAAGAAGAGAUCCAGAGAGCAGCCUCCCCGGAGCAACAACUCGGCGUCAAGAGUGCAGAAACCAACAAGUGAGAAGGCGCUGCGUUCUCGGGGCGCAGCGGAGGACUCGGGAGCAAUCACAGGAGGAGGCAGCGAGUGCCUCCGAGGCCGGAGCGGGAGCCCUCGAGCCCGAGCCGAGGUCGCCGCGGCUGCUCUGCUCCAAGUCUCUGCGCGGGCUGCGCCGGGUACUGGGCAAGAAGCUUCAUUUCUUCAAGUGGCGGCUGGGAGCAGCCGGUCCUCGGAGGAAUAUGUGGCGCGCUUGGAUCUUGCUUACCUUGGGCUUGGUGGCCUGUGUAUCGGCGGAGUCGAGGGCAGAGCUGACAUCUGAUAAAGACAUGUACCUUGACAACAGCUCCAUUGAAGAUGCUUCAGGAGUGUAUCCUAUUGAUGACGAUGACUAUGCUUCUGCAUCAGGCUCAGGAGCUGAUGAGGACAUAGAGAGUCCUGAGCUGACAACAUCUCGACCACUUCCAAAGAUACCGUUCACUAGUGCUGCUCCAAAAGUGGAAACCACCACGCUGAAGGUACAGAACAAGAUACCUGCUCAGACGAAGUCACCUGAAGAAAUUGAUAAGGAAAAAGUUCACCUGUCUGACACAGAAAGAAAAAUGGACCCAGCUGAGGAGGAUACAAAUGUGUAUACUGAGAAGCACCCAGACAACCUGUUUAAAAGAACAGAAGUCUUGGCGGCUGUCAUUGCUGGUGGAGUUAUCGGCUUUCUUUUUGCAAUUUUUCUUAUCCUGCUGUUGGUGUAUCGCAUGAGAAAGAAGGAUGAAGGAAGUUAUGACCUUGGAGAGCGCAAACCAUCCAGUGCUGCUUAUCAGAAGGCACCUACUAAGGAGUUUUAUGCGUGAAACUCCCACUUAGUGUCUCUAUUUAUGAGAUCACUGAACUUUUAAAAAUAAAGCUUUUGCAUAGAAUAAUGAAAAUCUUUGUUUUUGUUUUUUCAUUAAAGAGCCAUUCUGGCAUUUUAAUGAUAAAAUUCCAUUGUAUUUAAAACUUUUCAUGUAUUUCUUUAGAACAACAUAAAAUUAAAACUUAACAUCUGCAGUGUUCUGUGAAUAGCAGUGGCAAAAUAUUAUGUUAUGGAAAUUCUCAAUGUUCACGGAAUCAGUUUAGACUUUUAUGUGCAAAUGCGAAGUGAUUGUUUUUAUUCAAUGGUUCGAAGAUGAAAACUGUUUAAUUUGUGUUAGCAUGUCUUCAAUUGAUCUUACAAAGUUGGUCUUACUUUGUUAAUUUAUCUGUUGUUCCCCUCUUCUUCUCUGCUCUCUCCUCUCGUCCCCUGGAAAACAAAACAAAACUCUAUGCCUUUUGUAGCUGUUAUGGUGCAAUUUGUCUUUGGAUACUUCAGAUAAUGGUAAUUUAGUGUACAUGUGAUUUUCAAAUACGUAAACUUUAACCUCCACUUUGUAUAAAUUUUUAAGUGUCAGACUAUCCAUUUUACACUUCCUUUGUUUUUCAUUACCUACCAAUUUGCAACAGCAAAUUAAUAUGUAAAAUUGGAUUAUUACCAGAAAACUGUUUAGUCAUAUCUAUCUAAUCAGAUCUUCCUAUAGGAGGAUUUGAUGUGAGUUACUGACAAGCCUCAGCAAACCCAAAGAUGCUAACAGUAUUUUGAGAAGUUGCUGCAGAUUCUUUUGGCCACUGUAUUUGUUAAUUUCUUACAAUUUGAAGGUACGAGUAGGGGUUUAAGGAAAAAAAAUCAGUUUUUGUUCUUAAAAUGCAGUUAAGUUGUAAACGUCUUUUUAAGCCUUUGAAGUGCCUAUGAUUCUAUGUAACUCGUCACAGACUGGUGUUAAUGAGUAUAUAUAACAGUUUAAAAAGUUGGUAUUUUAUAAGCACAGACAAUUCUAAUGGUAACUUUUGUAGUAUUAUGAAUAGACAUAAAUUGUAAUUUGGGGACAUAAAAACUACUGAAUAAAUCAUGUGGCCUAAUAUUGAAAA